GGAAGCGGGGGGAGGGCGGCGGCCGGGUGGCUGGUGUGGUCCUCCCUCCUCUGUCUCCCCGAAGCUGCCCCUCGAGCCCUCCCGGGGACUGAUGGGCUGGACCUGCCGGGGAGGCGACGGCUGCCGCGUGGACCGGACUGAAGUCCUCGGGGGGGGGCUGUCCCGCAGGGGUAGCUCGGCGCCCCCAAGGUUUCCCCUGCUAGCCCGGGGGCGCACGAUCUCUCCUCCUAAUGAAAGAAGGCACUGAGAAUGGAUUACUGCAGCCAGACCACUCUAGUCCCAUGUGGACAAGAUAAAUACAUUUCCAAAAAUGAACUUCUGGUACAUCUGAAGACCUACAAUUUAUAUUAUGAGGGUCAGAACUUGCAGCUGCGGCACCGAGAGGAAGAAGAUGAGUUCAUUGUGGAGGGAUUAUUGAACAUCUUCUGGGGCCUGCGCCGGCCUAUCCGUUUGCAGAUGCAGGACGACAAUGAACGGAUCAGGCCCCCUCCCUCUUCUUCCUCCUGGCACUCUGGCUGCAACCUGGGAGCUCAUGGAUCCAUAAUGAAGCCUGUUGCCAUCCCGGACAUUCAGAUAACAGAUACAGAUGCAGCCCCCGGAAGUGACAGGAGGCUUAGCCCAACAGGGACCAGAGAACUGAAGCCCCUACAAGAAGAUGCCCCUCAGCUGAUGAGGACACACAGUGACGUUGGGGUCCGGCGCCGUGGCAAUGUGCGCACGCCUAGUGACCAGCGGCGCAUCAAGCGGCAUCGUUUCUCCAUCAAUGGCCACUUCUAUAACCACAAGACAUCUGUGUUCACCCCAGCCUAUGGCUCCAUUACCAAUGUCAGGAUUAACAGCACCAUGACAACGCCUCAGGUCCUCAAGCUCCUUCUCAAUAAAUUUAAGAUUGAGAAUUCUUCUGAGGAAUUUGCUUUAUAUAUCGUUCAUACCAGUGGAGAGAAACAGAAGCUAAAGGUCACAGAUUAUCCCUUGAUUGCCAGAAUCCUCCAAGGCCCAUGUGAACAGGUGUCUAAAGUCUUCCUUAUGGAGAAGGACCAAGUGGAAGAGGUCACCUAUGAUGUGGCCCAGUACAUAAAAUUUGAAAUGCCAGUCCUGAAGAGCUUCAUUCAAAAACUCAAAGAGGAAGAAGAUCGGGAAGUAAAGAAACUAAUGCGCAAAUAUACAGUGCUCAGAUUAAUGAUUGAACAGAGGUUAGAAGAGAUAGCGGAAAGCCCAGCAACGAUCUAAACAGUUGGGUCGGGGCACUUCUGGAAACAGAUGAAUCUUAAGCCUUUGUUUACAUGAAGAAAUAUUGAGAUGGAGAAGGUUGGAGGCCUCCCGAGGGACCUGUAAACCCUUUUUCUCAACGUGGAACUUUUGAAAUACAAAACCACUGUCGUCACCCUCCUCUUCUUGGACCUUGAAGCAGAUGCACCAGCAGACAACUCUUUGAUACCCUCAAUCAUUACCUCUCUUCCCUCCCUGGGAAAGAAUCUUGAUUGUGGUCUCUAAAGGACUUCACCAAUGUGUGUGUGUGUGUGUGUGUGUGUGUGUAUGUAUUUGUGCACUUGUGUGAAAGGGCCCUUACAUGUCUGUUUGGGAGCAGUGGAAGAGGAGGGAAGAAGAAAGAUGUAUGUAUGUUUUGGAGGAGAGGGGUAGGGAGAAUGGUCUUUUUGAAUAUUGAGAGUAUUUUCACAUGCAAUUUAAAAAUUCCAAACAACCAGCAACUGAGCCCUGAGUCUGGUAGAAAUGAUUGCUUCAGACCUGGAUCAUGUGUUCUGAUAGAUUCAGGCUGAAGUAAGCACCAGGGUGCCAGGAUUAAUUAGGGCUCUUGAUUAGAGGAGGGGCUAGUCGUUCAGAGGUUCCUGCUGCACUCAUUCUGAAUGAUGCCACUGUUUGAGGGAUUACAUUUUAGCAUUUAAAGAUGAUUUCAUCUCUAUAUUUUACCAAGGGUGAAACUGAAUCACACAGAACAGAAAGAUGUGUUGAAGGCCACACGGGUAAUAAUUAGCGGUGUAUCAGGAUUAAAAUCCAGGUUCAAUGGCUCAAAACCCAUAGCUCUUUCCAUGACAUACUUUCCUCUCUAAUAUGGGAGUAGUCAGUAAAGAUCUCCAGUUAGACCUUACAGACUUACAAAAAUUGGCCAAUGGAUAAACACUUGCAGGAUUCCUUUUUUAAAAGUUUUAAAAUUUAACUUUUUUAAUUAAAAAUAUUUUGGGGGGCAGCUAGGUGGCACAGUGGAUAGAGCACUGGCCCUGGAUUCAGGAGGAUCUGAGUUCAAA